AUGGGUUUCGCUCAGAAAAUCGCCGCAGCUCAGAAUAGCCAGAACAUGGCGAACAGUGGCUCAUAUGGAGGUGCCCCUCCGUCAGGAUACACUGGGGGUCCUCCUGCAGCCUUGCAGCCUGGUGGAUCGAGUCAACAGCCCCAAUAUCAGGCUUAUUCAGGAUCCCCAGCCCCCCAGGGAUCGGCUAUCCAUACGGCGGCUCAUCUCAACAGAAUCCAUCAUCUCCCUAUUCCAGGCCUCCGGCAUCCACACCCUACCCCGCUUCUCAGCAAUCUCAGCAAUCUCAGGGCUAUGGCCGCCCGCCUCCACCCCCACCACAAGGCCAGCCCUAUGCCUCCGCUAGUUCGCCUUACCCGGGCCAGCAACCGGGACAACCCUAUGCGUCUCCUAGCUCGCCCUAUCCAGGACGACAGUCUGCACAGUCGCCCUAUCCGGGUCAACAGCAAGCUCCACAGUCGCCCUAUCCGGGGCAACAGCAAGCUCCACAGCCGUCCUAUCCCGGGCAACAGCAAUACCCAGGACAACAACAAUACCCCGGACAGCAGCCGUCAUAUGUACAUAAUACCCCUUGCCUUGCACCACUCCCUGUUUCUGUGUUUCGUGUUUGACAACCAGACACCCCCCUACCCUAACCAGGGAGCUCCAUACCCCGGAGGUCAAGGCCGUCCUGGGCCUUCACCUGGACCACCAAGUGGACCACCACCAGGCCAGUAUGGCGCACCCGGUGGCCCCCCUCAGUCUGCAGCUCCUCCGGCCACCCAGCAGCAAGUCGCAGCUUACCGAUCGCUUUUGAUUUCCACAAUUCAGGAGAAGAAUCUCCAAAGCUUCUACCCUCCGGAGCGACUGGACCGGCUUGUUCAGACGCUUGCCGCUGAAGCACCGGGCAAGCUCAACAAACUGAUUCAUGAAUGGGCUGUGCCCAUGGAGGUUGCGACCGAUGUCAUGAAGCUCGCGCUGUUCGACGUGAUUCUCUACGUCGAUGACAGUGGAUCCAUUGAAUUCGAAGAAAAGGGUCUCCGAAAGGAUCAACUCAGACAGAUCCUCGGUAUCGUGGCUACUGCUGCAUCUACCUUCGACCAGGACGGUAUUUCUGUCCGAUUCAUGAACUCCAGUGAGGUGGGCGACGGCAUCCGCAACGCAGAGGAUGUCAACCGUCUAGUGUCCCGAGUCCGUUUCUCGGGCCUGACCCCCCUCGGCACCAACCUGAAGAGCAAGGUCAUCGACCCGCUGCUUGUUCAACCCGCCCGGGCCAACCGUCUCGAGAAGCCCGUGCUGGUGAUCACCAUCACCGACGGACAGCCUGCUGGCGAGCCUCACGGUGCUGUGGGUGAUGUCAUUCGCUACGCAGUGGAGGAGACGUCCCGGACCCGUUAUGGCCCCGGCUCCGUAUCCUUCCAGUUCUCGCAGGUGGGAACUGAUCAGCGGGCUCGCGACUUCUUGGGCUCUCUGGACGAGGACCCUCAUAUUGGCCACCUGAUCGACUGUACCUCCAACUUCGAGGUUGAGCAGGACGAGAUGUCCCGUGCUAACCCACCAGUGCAUCUCACUCGCGAGCUUUGGUGUGCCAAACUGAUGCUGGGCGCUAUUGAUUCCUCCUACGACACCAAGGAUGAGCGAGACAACGAACGUCGAAAUGCACCUCCACCUGCAUCGAUAAGCCAGUACGGAGGAGGAGGGUAUGGCCAACCGCCCCAGGGUCAAGCUCAGCCUCCGUAUGGUCAACCGCCCCAGGGCCAAGCCCAGCCUCCGUAUGGUCAACCGCCCCAGGGUCAAGCCCAGCCUCCGUAUGGUCAACCGCCCCAGGGUCAAGCCCAGCCUCCGUAUGGUCCGCCCCCUGGUGCCCCACCGGCUUCCUACGGUUCCCAGUCGGGCUACCCACCACAGGGUCAACAGGGUCAAUACCAACAGCAACCUCCCCAGCAACCUCCCUACCAGGGAUCGCGUGGCUAUGGUCAACAAGGGUAUGGAUCGCAGCCUGGAUCUGGUUACCAGUAUGGUGGACCGCCACGCUAUUGA